UCCUAUCAAAAACAUUGCUCUCCCCCUUUCCUUUUUGAAUCCAAGUGAGAGAAAAGCCAUGGAAGCCUCGACACUAGUCCCGGCCUUCGCUCUCCUCCUCCUCCUCCUCCCCCUUGCGGUCAUCAAGCUACUCAAACCCAAAGCCAGCCACCCAAACCUCCCGCCGGGGAGCUUCGGGUGGCCGGUCAUCGGCGAGAGCCUCGAGUUCCUCCGCUGCCAACGCGGCGGGUGCCCGGAGAAGUUCAUCCGGGACCGAAUGAGCAAGUACAACUCCCCCGUGUUCAGGACCUCAGUGCUCGGGGAGCCGAUGGCAGUCCUUUACGGGCCGGCGGGAAACAAGUUCCUGUUCUCGAACGAGGGCAAGAAGGUGGCGCUGUGGUGGCCGAGCUCGGUCGGGAAGCUGAUGGGGAGGUGCCUCGUCUCCAAGGUCGGGGACGAGGCAAGGUCGGACAAGAAGAUGCUCAUGAGCUUCUUCAACCCGGAGGCGCUCAAGAGGAUCGUCGGGGUCGUCGAUGAGGUCACCAAGGAUCAUCUCAGGAUUCACUGGGAAGGCAAAGAUCAGCUGGAGGCCUACUCCACCCUUAAGCAGCACACCUUCGACCUCGCGUGCCGUCUGUUCAUGAGCAUCACGGACCCGCAGCUCGUCUCGAGGCUUGCCGACCACUUCCACGUGUUCCUCAGGGGAGUCAUCGACCUCCCCCUCAACGUCCCCGGCACAAACUUUUACCGCUCGAAGAAAGCAGCGGAUUCCAUCAGGAAGGAGCUCCGGGUGUUGGUGAAGCAGCGCCGGGUGGAGCUGGAGAAGAAGACGGCGUCCCCUUCGCAGGACAUCAUGACACACCUGAUUGCCAAUGGGGACGAGAACGGGAAGCUCAUGCCCGAGGCGGAGAUCAUAAACAACAUGCUGAACCUCCUAUUCGCUGGCCAUGAUACUUCCAGUUCGACUCUAGUGUUGAUCAUCAAGUACCUGAGCGAGCUGCCUUAUGUACUUGAGAAGGUCGUUGCCGAGCAAAGGGAAAUCGCGGCAUCGAAGGCGGGAGGAGAGCUUAUUCAGUGGGGGGAUUUGCAAAAGAUGAGAUACUCGUGGAACGUCAUCUCGGAAGUCAUGAGGAUGACAGCACCUGUCUACGGCUCUUUCCGCGAGGCCCUGGUCGAUUUCACGUACGAAGGAUAUACAAUUCCAAAAGACUGGAAGUUACACUGGAGCGCAUGCACAACGCACGGAGACCCGGACUACCACCCUAGAGCGCCGACCUUCGAUGAGUCCAGGUUCGAGGGAUCUGGACCGGCUCCAUAUUCGUACGUCCCGUUCGGAGGCGGGCCGAGGAUGUGUCUAGGGCUCGAGUUUGCGAGGGUGGAGCUGCUCGUGUUCCUGCACAACCUCAUCAAUGGAUUUCGCUGGAGUCUGGUCAACCCCGAUGAGAAAAUAAUCUACGACCCCAUGCCUAUACCGGUUGAAGGACUUCCCAUCCGCCUUCGACCUCGCGAUUAGCUUCUUCUGUCAUCU